GUCCCACAUCUCCCUUCCUGGCAGCCCUUGUCGCUGCGCUCCAGCUGCCGCCGCGCUCACCCGUCCCUGCGCGCCGCCGUAGAGCUCCCUCACCGCUGCGGUCCUCCCGGCACUGCGCGCCCCCAUCCCCGCCCCUGCUUGCCGCCUUCAACCUCAUUGGGAGAUGGACAGAGAUGGGCAUGACGGCUACCCGGACAACCUUUUGCAGCCUGAUCCCGCCACUUGCUUCGAUUUGUUCUCUCAGGCGGUUUUCUCGGAUCCGGUCAUCCAUGAUCCCCAGAGAGGUAUGGCGGCGCUGGAUCUCAACUCCCAAAUGGAUUUUCCUUACAUGGAUCAAUACCAACAAAUCCACCAGCCCACACUGGGAAGUGGAGGUGCCACCAUGAAGAUCCCGUCAGUGCGCCCGCAAUGCGCUGCUCGAUCUGCUCAAGGUGGUCGUGGAGGAGGUCAGGUUGGUGAGGGUAUCGCAAGGUCCCGGGAUUUCGGAGCUCAUCCACGUGGACAUGGUAUUGGCGGGCGUGGAGUGGACUCAUGUGGAUCCGUUCAUGGAUCCCGUGUAGGACUUCGCGCUGCUCGAUCUGGUUCGGACAGUGCCGGACCUGCCGGCAGCAACGCUGCUGAUGAUUGGGAUGGCGAUGAUGAUGACUUGGAAGAAGUUGCCCAAGGGAGCUCCAAUUGUUACCAAAUAGAGGCAGGGAAUUGGAAUAAUGGCACUAUGAGUGGAAGAGGAUAUAAGAUUGUGUCUGACAAAUAUUAUGCAAGAACUGGUUUGAGGUAUGAUAACAACUCAGGAACCGUGUUAGUAUACUCAAACAAUUCUACCUAUUCUGAAAGAUGUGUAACAACUUUAAUGAUAUUAACGGUGGUCUUAGCGGGGAAGUAAUAGCCAGUCAUCACUGGUGUAAGACCAACCUUUAAGGUAAAUCAUUUGUUUGCCUGUUCAAAGUAUUUUUAUUACGAUGAAUUACAUUUCCCUAAUUGUGAACUUGUUUGUCAUACUACAUGGCAAGUAAAAUAAAGCUGAGUUGAGAAAGCUAAUCCAUGUGGAGGCUAAUUAUUGCUCUCAUCUUGAGAUCAUGUUCAAGAAUGUGGCUAUUGAUAGAACCACCUCAUACAUACCAAGAGAGGAAGAUGAGGAGGAGGAAGAAAAAAAAGAGAAUGAUAAGUUUGAUACUCCUAUGAGUUCAGGGAGCAAGAGGAGAUCAACCAGUACUAGCACAAUAGCUUCAAGUUCUCGAAGAAAAAAGCAAAAGGAGAUUUUAUGAAUAUGAUGAGCACAAUGAUGAAUAAGUGGGGAAGUGUAGAGAAAGGGACCAUGCUGUGAAUUUAAUUUGUUUAUAUGGUUAUAAAAUUAAUUUGUUUA